AUGGCCAGCUCGUCAAACACUCCCCCCGCUGAAAAGGCGUCCGAACUCAUUAACAAGAUGCCCUCUUCGCCCGGCCUCGUCACGAAAACCGGCUCCGUCGUGCUCGGCACGGGUCUGAUCGCGACGGCCAUCUCGCAGGAGCUCUACGUCGUGAAUGAGGAGACCGUCAUUGCCGUUGGGUUCUUCGUCCUCUUGACGUUCAUCGCCAAGAGCAUCCGGGAGCCGUACCGCGACUGGGCCGAGGGUCACAUCCAGCGCAUCAAGGGUAUCCUCGACUCGUCGCGUGCUGAGCACACGCAGGCCGUCAAGGACCGCAUCACGUCUGUUGAACAGAUGAAGGAUGUUGUGUCCGUCACCGAGAGCCUGUUCGCCCUCUCCAAGGAGACUGCGAAGCUGGAGGCGGAGGCGUUCGUUCAGCAGCAGAAGGUUGCGCUCGCUUCGGAGGUGAAGGCCGUCCUUGAUAGCUGGGUGCGCUUCGAGCAGCAGGAGAAGGAGAAUGAGCAGGCGGAGCUUACGAAGACCGUCAUCGCGAACGUGCUCAAGAGCCUGAACGACGAGAAGGUGCAGAAGGAGAUCUUGACGAGUGCUAUUGUAGAGAUCGACCAGCUCGUCAAGAACAAGGCUAUCUAG